AUGAAGAUGCUGCCCUUUCCAGAAUCCUUCGGUCGUCAGACCUGGGCGUUGACCAAGAAGAACUUCACCCUCAUGGUCAUUCGGUCUCCUUUCUGGACAGCCUUUCGAGCCCUCAUCCUUCCAAUUCUGAUUGUCACACUCCUAUUGGAAAUACCCAACUUGGCAAAGUCCCGCGACGUAUAUGGCACCGGAAGUCCCGCGCCGGUGCGUAGUCUGGCACAGUCUAUGGAUAGUUCGAAGAAACUUGCCAUUGUUCAGCACCCAGAUCUGGCCUCUGAUGCUCAAGACGCACUUAAGAGACUCAUCGAGCCUUUGGACAGCAGCAAGAUCACCAUACUCGAUAACAAGGAUCAGAUCGCCGACUCCUGCAACGUCGACUAUCAUGGAAACUCCAAUUGCCAUGCCGUCAUCACCAUCAACGACUCACCCGGCAGCGGCAGGGUCAACGCGACCUGGAAUUACACUAUACAGGCAGACCCAACGAGGUUUACCAAAAACUUCGACGUCUUCGACCAUGGAGGCAAUUAUGAGGGCUUCUGGGCACCUCUUCAGGUUGCUAUAGACAACGCCCUUACCAACAGCUCGGUCAACCCCGACAUGUUCUCCUUUGUUUAUGGUGACCAAGAGUCGUAUGAUCGACGACAGCGGGAGUCGUUCCUGGAGGCGUCAUACUCAAUUCUGCCGCUGGCCUAUUUCCUCUCUAUGCUAGUGAUGGUUUAUCAUCUGUCGAGUAUGAUGUCGUCUGAGAGGGCGACAGGUCUGUCUCAGCUUGUUGAUGCGAUGGGCGGCGGUUGCGCUUGGCCGCGAGUUUACAGCUAUGUCAUCAUAUUCGACAUACUGUAUCUCCCCGUCUGGAUUAUCAUGGGAUGCUUGUAUUGGUAUUUGCUUGUGCCGACGACAAACCCAGCGAUCACCAUCUUCUGGCAAAUCCUCACCGGCUGGGCGCUGACGAGCUCCUGUGUCUUUGCCACGGCAUUUUUCAAAAGCUCUACUGCUGCCACAUUUUUUGUCUCUGUUAUUUGUUUCUUGGCCGUCAUUCUCACGACAUUUUAUCAGAUGUCGUGGGAUAGCCCCAUGACGCUUGCGCAGGUCAUCCCAAUCUCCCUUUUCUUUCCCAGCGCGAACUACGUUUUCUUCCUCACCUUCAUGGUCCAGUCAGAAUUAUUUGGCAUUCCGACCUAUAUGUCUACUGCACUUGAUGUUUCCCUUGCCCAGGAUGAAACCAGCUCAACCCUUUGGCUCUACCACAGUGGGCCAUAUUUCCUCUGGAUAAUGUUGGUGGUUCAGAUCCUGGUAUACCCCCUGUUAGCCCCCUGGGUAGACAGCUUUUUCCAUGGAAAUAACCGCCGACGCCGUGGGUUUACCAACACCCCAGAAUCCGCUGCUUCGCAUAAUGCUAUUAUGACCACGGACCUUGAGAUGCACUACAAGACAUCGAUCUGGAGGCGAAUAUUCUGUUGCACUCGACAGCGGACUGUAAAAGCCGUGGACGGGUUGAACCUUGUUAGUCAGAAGCGCCAGAUUCUGUGUCUUCUUGGACCAAACGGCAGUGGGAAAACGACAACUUUGGACAUGAUCGCUGGCUUUCAGAAACCAACUGGGGGUUCGAUCAAUAUCAAUUCGUUGCCAUCACAAAUUGGAGUCUGCCCUCAGAAAAACGUUCUGUGGGAUGACCUUACUGUAUACGAACACCUGGUUUUCUGGAACACCGUCAAGAGCGGGACCGACGACGCUGCGACACUAGAGAAACUCAUCACGACGUGCGACUUAUCAAACAAGAGAAACAGUCUCGCGCGGACACUCAGUGGUGGCAUGAAGCGCAAGCUGCAACUGGCAUGUAUGUUGGUUGGCGGAAGCUCCGUCUGCUUGAUGGACGAGGUUACCUCUGGACUCGACCCUAUUUCACGCCGAGUCAUUUGGAACGCCGUGCUUGGCGAAAGAUCCCGGCGCACCAUGGUGUUUACCACCCAUUUCCUCGAUGAGUGUGAGGUCCUUUCAGAUCAUAUUGUUAUCGUCUCUUUGGGCAAAAUGAAGUGCCAAGGCACACCUGCGGAGCUCAAAAACCAGUAUGGUGCUGGCUAUCGAGUACAUUUGCCCAAGACUACAAACAUCUCGCACAUUCAGUACCCGGUGGUUGACCGUGGAGAUCGCUACAUCUGCACCACUCCAGACUCAUCCUCAGCAGCAAGACUUCUCGCAACUCUCAAAGACUCCAAAGACUCGGAAAAUUUCAUCACGGGGCCAACCAUCGAAGACGUCUUUCUGAAAGUUUCCGAAGAGCCUCACGUGUUGAGCGACAACGCUUCCGUAGGCGAGACUGUGCAUUCUAAACCAAGUGCCCCCAACUCUGUUCAAACUCGAGCGCUAAGCCAGAAGAUGAUAUUCCUUGGUCAGGUGCGGGCCCUGUUCGUCAAGCGCCUUAUCAUUCUCCGCUACCAAUGGUGGGUUUAUCUCGCUGUUCUUGCUAUACCUCUCAUUGCGCUUCCUCAGCUCAAGGAUAUUUUGAAAAACUUUGAGCCUGUUCGAUGCGAUGCUCUAAUUGGAGCCCCCUCGUCACCAAGUCCACAGUAUAUCUACAGUCCACAUGACAAAAUUUUCGGGCCUACCUCUGCAAAUGUAUCCAUCGCGGAAGCUAUUACGGAGUCGCGGAAGGCUUUCAGCAACCCCUACUACUAUUGGAUUGGGUCUGCUGUUGUAGUGGACGAUCGAGACAGCUUCCUUCAAUACAUUCAUGAUCAUGGCGUGAAUGUGAGUGCAGGUGGCUUGUACAUCGAUAACGUCACCACGCCUCUUAUUGCGCUGCCUGGAAACUCCGACCAAAUCUCUUUGAUCAAUGUCGCGAACAUGGCUAGGACAGGCACCCCGAUCCACCUUUUGACUGGAACUUUGAAGACUAAGCAACCAUACAGCACUGCCCUACCGCUGUGGCUUUCGUACCUGUUGUUCGACUUGAUGUUUGUCUUGUUGGUAUCGAUCUGCUCCACAGCCAUCAUGGCAGCGCAAGCACCGUUCUGGGGAAUUGGUCACUUCUGGUUUGUGCAGCUGCUUUAUGGUUUAGCGGCUACACUUAUGGCCUACAUCGUAUCCACUUUCGCCUCGACACAGCCAGCUGCACUGGCAUGGACUGCGUUGAUAAUGAUGGUAGAGUUCGUCCUGUCCAUCAUCACCAUGAUCGUCGCUCAGGACAACUUAGCCGGUGACUUGCGGACGAUAGAUGGUACAACCUACGGCCUGGGUCUGAUCUUUCCCAUUCAGAACCUACUCCGGGCAGCAUCUCUCAGCUUAAACCAGUACAUUGUGCGAUGCCGUGGAACUACCGAAAUCACAGACCCCGGUUCAUUUUACGGGUAUGGCGGGCCAAUCUUCCUGCUCAUCGUCCAGAUCAUUGCUUUAGUUCUCCUCCUGACCUGGCUUGACGGUACAAUUUUCACCUUUUCUAGAUCCAAAGCACCGCAACAUGACGAAGCAGUGCUCGGUUCUUCCGGACGUCCAGAUGUUGACGCCGAGACUGCUCGUGUUCAUACUUCACAGGAGGAUCUUCUUCGCAUGGUCAGCGUGUCCAAGAAGUUUGGUAGCACAACCGCUGUCGAGAACGUGUCUUUGGGCUUGCGCGAGGGUGAGAUCCUGGCGCUUCUAGGACCCAAUGGCGCAGGAAAGACCACCAGUAUCAACAUGAUCCGGGGCGAGAUUGUACCAUCUUCUGGACAGGUUUUCCUCGAGGGCGUCAAUGUUCAGAAGAACAAGCGUGUCGCCCAGACCCACCUCGGCGUCUGCCCCCAGUUCGACGCACUUGACAUGCUCACUGUUCAGGAACACCUCGCGUUCUAUGCACGAUGCAAAGGCGUGGCCGACAUCAAGUCAGACGUUGAGUUCGUAUUGGAUCGGAUUGGGUUGACUGCCCACGCAAACAAGCGCGCCUCUAAGCUAUCAGGCGGCCAGAAACGCAAGUUGUCUCUCGGCAUUGCCCUAGUGGGCAACCCACCUGUGCUACUCCUGGAUGAGCCCAGCUCAGCGAUGGACGCGGCAUCGAAGCGCGUCCUCUGGAAAACUCUCGAAGCUGUGGCGCCUGGCCGCAGUGUACUUAUCACCACACAUUCUAUGGAAGAAGCCGAUGCCCUCGCCACUCGUGCCGCUAUCAUUGCCCGCCGUCUGUUGGCCAUCGGUACCACCCAGGAACUGCGCAAGGCUCACAGCAAUGAAUACCAUGUGCACCUGAUCCUGAAGUCAGCACCACUGUCAACACCUGAGGAAAUGCGCCGCGUGGCUGACUGGGUCAUGGAGACAUUUUCUACUGCCGACGUCCAGUUCAAAGGCGAGAACUUGGGUGGCCAGGUUCGAUUCAUCGUACCAACUGAUGCUGUAGUCCCGGUACACACAUCGCAUCAGCAGGGCCUAGCAGACGAUGAGGUCGUUUCACCCUUAUCUCCAAGUGACGCAACCUCGGGCCAGGUCAGGAGCUUUGUCAGAUACCUCAUUGAGACGCUGGAGGCGAACAAGGAGCGCCUCGAUUUGGACUGCUACUCCAUUGGCGCCGCAACCAUGGAGCGGGUGUUCUUGAGUGUGGUCAAGGAGAGCGAUGCCAUUGAGGAGGAAGACGAGAAGAAGUCGGUGUGGAGUAAACUCGGUUUCUCAAGGAAGUGA